GGCGGCAAUUCCCUUAUAAGGUGUUUUAAAAGCUUCUGGCUUCCUUCUCUCUGUUUGCUUUGCGCCAUAGUUCACUUCCUCUUCAACAUAUUCCUAAAGCCCUACUCUGGUUCUUCCCGCUCUGUCAAUGGAGUUCUGGGGUGUUGAGGUUAAGCCUGGUCAGGCACUCUCUGUGAAGCCUGGAGAUCAGAAAUAUCUGCAUCUAUCACAGGCUACUCUUGGUGAAUUAAAGAAGGACAAAUCGAAGGAAUCCGUGACUAUUUUUUUGAAGAUUGAUGAACAGAAGCUUGUUCUGGGAAUUCUCUCUGCAGAGAAGUUCCCUCAGCUAUCAUUUGAUCUCGUGUUCGAGAAGGAAUUUGAGCUCUCACACAACGGGAAGAGUGGAAGUAUUUACUGUAUGGGAUACCAGGCUUCUGCAGAAGACCAAGAACAUGAAGAGUAUUCUGAUUCUGAUUUUGGCUCAGAGGACGAGGAACUUGCUCUGCAACAUGUGCCGAAUGGAAAACCUAUCCAGAAGGAGGAGAAGUCUAUUGUGGGAAAACAUAGUUCUUUGAAGCCCGAAACUUCAAAGAAGACACAUUCUAAGUCUCUUGAACCAAGCAAGGAGGACGAGGAUGACGAUUCUGAAGAUGACGAUGAAUCUGAUGAUGAGGAUUCAAGUGAUGAGUCUGAUGAGGAAAUGCUCGGAUCUGACAGUGACUCUGAUGAUGAAGAUGAUGAUAUUGAGAGUGAGGAGGAGACACCAAAGAAAAAGGUCGAAUCGAACAAGAAGAGGUCGAAUGACUCUGCCUCGGUGACCCCUGUUUCUAAGAAGUCCAAGCUAGCUUCGGCUGAGAAGUCCGAUGCUAAAAAGGGCGGCCAUACAGCCACUCCCCACCCUGCUAAGAAACCUCUGAAAACCCCAGCCAAAGCAGCCACUCCAAAAUCCGGUGGCCAGUUCUCUUGCAAAUCAUGCGACAGGUCCUUCGGUUCGGACGGUGCCCUUCAGUCGCACGGUAAAGCAAAGCACAGUGGUGGUAAGUGAAAAGAAGAGUUAGCAGUGAAGGAUAACAUAUUAUUUUGCAGCUCCAAUAUGUUAUUCUCUAAGAUAGGUCGUCACACCAUGGCUGAGAUUUCGUGUCGACAUUUGAUUAUAAAACGAGAAGCCAUGGCUGAGAUUAUAUUAUUCUGUGUUUAGGACUUCAAUAUCAUUAUAAUUUGUUAGGGAACACUUCAGAAAAUCAAUCUUAGUUCAGCUAAUC